CCCUGCCAUUAUUAUUUCCUAUUAAUAGCGCCGAUAUUGUUCAGGACCCGUAUAAAAGCCCUAUCACUGUUAGGAUUAAACAUUCACAGUUCACUGUGCAGCAGAAACAUACACCUCAAAAUGGCAGCUAAGUUCGUCGUUCUCGCUUUAUUGGUAGCUGCCGCCCAAGGCAGUGCCAUCCAUGGAGGCGACUACUCCAGCUUCUCCUAUGGAGUAGCAGACCCUCACACCGGUGAUGUAAAGAGCCAGCAUGAGACCCGCCACGGUGACAACGUGGUCGGCCAGUACUCUCUGCUGGAAUCUGAUGGCACCCGCCGGACAGUAGACUACGCUGCUGACGCCCACAACGGUUUCAACGCUGUUGUACGCAAGGACCCAGCUCUCAUCGGACAUGUUGCCCACGCCGCUCCAGUCGUAGCUGCCCCAGUCGCCCACGCUGCUCCCCUGGCUUACGCUGCUCAUGCUGCCCCAGUCGCGGUUGCUGGACCCUCCGUGUCAUACUCUUCACACUCUACCUCAGUGAACCACGGAGGAGUAGCUGUCGCCGCUCCUCUUGCCUACGCUGCCCACGGUGCCUACGCUGCCCCCUUGGCCCACGGUGCCUACGCUGCCCCCUUAGCCCACGGUGCCUACGCUGCCCCCUUAGCCCACGGUGCCUACGCUGCCCCCUUAGCUCAUGGAUACGGUGCUCUUGCCCACGGUGCCGCAUACGGUGCUCAUGGUCUCGGCUUACAUUACUAUUGCGAUCAGAAGUCGAACAAAACACGUACAAUGGCCUCUAAGUUUGUUGUCCUCGCUUUAUUGGUAGCUGCCGCCCAAGGCAGUGCCGUCCAUGGAGGCGACUACUCCAGCUUCUCCUAUGGAGUAGCGGACCCUCACACCGGUGACGUCAAGAGCCAGCACGAGACCCGCCACGGUGACAACGUGGUCGGCCAAUACUCCCUCAUUGACUCUGACGGAACCCGCCGGACUGUUGACUACGCCGCUGACGCCCACAACGGUUUCAACGCUGUUGUACGCAAGGACCCAGCUCUGCUAGCCCACGCUCCCGCUGUUGUCGCCGCUCCCGCUGUUGUCGCCGCUCCCGCCGCAUACGCCGCCUCUCCUCUCGCAUACGGAGCUCAUGCUCGCGUGGCUUACGCUGCCCCAGCCUACGCCGCAUCAGCCUACGCCGCUCCCGCCUACUCAGCACAUCCUUCUCCCCUUGCCUACAACUCAUACGCCGCUCCAGUCGCCGUCAACGCCUACGCUGCCGCUCCCCUCGCCCAUGGAGCCGUCUUAUACGGUUCUCCCUUGGGUUACGGCUACGGCGCUCAUGGACUCAGCCAUGCCCGUUUGGCCUGGUAAUUAAUAGAUAAAAAAUAACUGUGAUCUUAGCUUACUUAUCUAUUAAAUGUUCCUCAGAAAUGCGUUCCCAUCUUGUAAAUACGAAGUUAUUGUAAUAUAAACUCUUAUUACAA